AUGGUGAUAGAUGCUUUUCGUGAAACGAUAGAAACCCAAACCGACGUUGAAGAACCAAAUUCAGAAGCAAAAAAGUUUUUCGAUAUGCUUGAUGCAGCAAAACAUCCGAUUUAUGAUGGUUGUGGAGAAGGUCAUUCACGUUUAUCCGCAGCAACUAGAAUGAUGAAUAUCAAAACAGAAUAUAACUUGUCUGAGGAUUGUGUUGACGCAAUAGCUGAUUUCAUGAAAGAGUAUUUGCCACAGCCAAAUUUUUCACCUGGUUCAAGAUCCCUCACAACCAAUGGUAUAGCUCGUCUGGAAGAGAGUAUUACUUUGCUCUUAUGCAACUUGGAAAUACUAUUUUCACCGUCAUUUUUUUAUGUGAUGGAGCAUCUUGCGAUUCAUCUUCCUCGCGAAGCAGCACUUGGUGGACCUGUACAAUAUAGGUGGAUGUAUCCCUUUGAAAGAUUCAUGUUCCACCUUAAGAAAAAGGUUCAAUCAUCAUCUCAAAGGGGUGAAGUCACUCCAACAUGGCUCGAAGAGUUAGUUGGAGGACCACUUUCGGAAACACUUUCAUCGCCAAUGUAUUGCACUCGUGGGUAUCUAUUCACAAGAAAAACCGCCUCAAACAAUAGGCAAACAGUGAACUAUGGUGUUGUUGUGCAUACGAUAGAUGCAGACUACUAUGGUGUGAUAGAAGAUAUAUUGGAGGUCGAAUAUUUUGGAUUCGUCAACUUAAAAUGUGUCGUUUUCAAGUGCAAAUGGUAUGAUCCUACAAGCAAACGUGGUGAAAAGCUUACAAAAGCAGGUGUUACAGAAAUUAACACUAGCAGAAAACUCAGUAAGUAUGAUCCGUUUAUCAUUGCUUCUCAAGCCGACCAAGUGUGUUACCUUCCAUAUCCCAGAGUGAGCCAAAUCAACAAUCCAUGGAUCACAGUUGCACAGAUUAAUCCAAGAGGAAGAGUAGACGGAGUGAAAGACCAAGAUCCCCUGCAACAAACCUCUAUUGGUGUCACUAGUGUGGUGGAGCAAUCUUUUGCAGAUACAAUAUUGGUGGAUGUUGAAAAUACUUUACUUGGUAACAUUGAUGUGGGAGAUGAUUCCAAUGUAGGAGAAUUUUCAGACUCCAGUGAUUCUAGUCUGUCAAACGACUCAUCAGAUUCUGAAUUAGAGUAA